AUGCUGCAAUUGGAUGCUCAGGCAGUGAUAAAUUGUAUUAACGGUUCGAUUUUUAUUGCUGAUUUGGACGCUGUUUUUGUUGAAUGUAGAUUGUUAGUUAAGGAUUUUAAUAGUGUUAUUCUGAUGUUUAUUAGUAGAUUAUGUAACUUGGAUGCUCACCAUAUGAUUGGAAUUGGUAAGUCAUUAGGUUUUAGAACUUGGACUAGCCACAUUCCCACCUUAAGCAUUCCUCCUUGUUCUGUUUUUUCUUCUUCUUAA